GGAAGGGAGGUGCGGCCGCUUCCGCCCGGCGCGAAGAUGGCGGCGGGCGCGGCGGAGCUUCAGCGGCUGCAGUGGCGGCUGGAGGAGCUGGAGCGGCGCGUCGGGCUCGGCGGCGGGGGCUGCGGGCCGAGAAAGGUGGCGGACGAGCUGGUGAAGGUGCAGGUGGCGCUGAGCAACAUCGCCGGCAAGAGGGAGAGGAUCAAGAUCCUGUUCAAGAAACUUGAAGAUGUAAUCAAGUACCUUGACCCUCAGUACAUUGACAGGAUGGCUGUUCCAGAUGCCAUGAAGUUGCAGUUCAUCUUGGCAGAGGAACAGGCUAUUCCUGAACGUGCAGCCCUUCUGGAGCAGGUGAAGAACCUCCAGCCCAUUUUGGACAGUGCCAGUAUCCAAGCGGUUCCUGACCAUGCAGCCAAACUGCAGCGACUCUCACAGAUCCACAUACAGCAGCAGGAGAAGCGUCAUGAUCUCACUGACAGUGUCAAGACACUCCUGGAGAGCUACAACAAAAUGACCCUGCUUCUCUCCAAGCAGUUACUGCAAUGGAAUGAAAUACUGACACGGCUGGAAGCGGCCAAGCAAGCAAAACCUGUGGCUGAGUGACAGCAGAGCCGGGAACAUGGAGAGCCUGGGGCCCCAUGGCACAGCCUGCAUCCACUGGCCCCGGCACCUUCCCGCUUGGCCUGAGCAUGCUGGAGUGGCACCACGGGCUCCCAGGGACACCUGGCUGUGCUCUGAGCUGUGUCAGCCCAGAAUUGAAGCCGCACUGCUCCUUAAUCUGCCGCUGUUGCAAAUCUUGCACUCCCCUGAAAUGUGUCUUGGUUUGUAACAUAUUUAAAAAUCCCUUGCCCCUCUUACUGUGGUCCGUAGUAAAGUCCUGGAACGCUGA